AUGGCGCCCUCCGGCCCCAUCACGACGCCCUUCACCCAGCUGAUGGGCAUCAAGCACCCGGUCGUGCUCGCCGGCAUGGCGCGCACGUCGGGCGGCGAGCUCGCGGCGGCCGUGUCCAACGCGGGCGGCCUGGGCGUCAUCGGCGGGUUCCAGUACACGCCGGACCAGCUGCGCGAGAUCGUGGCGGAGCUCAAGGAGAACCUCAAGAGCCCGGACCUGCCGUUCGGCGUGGACCUGGCCUUGCCGCAGAUUGGCGGCAGCGCGCGCAAGACCAACCACGACUACACGGGCGGCAAGCUCGACGAGCUCAUCGACAUCACCAUUGAGAGCGGCGCCAAGCUCUUUGUGUGCGCCAUCGGCGUGUGCCCCAAGCCCGUGACGGAGCGCCUGCACAAGCACGGCAUCCUCGUCAUGAACAUGGUCGGCCACCCCAAGCACGCCGUCAAGGCGCUCGACGCCGGCGUCGACAUGGUGUGCGCGCAGGGCACCGAGGGCGGCGGCCACACGGGCGACGUGGCCAACUCGGUGCUCAUCCCGGCCGUCGUCGACGUCGCGCGGCGGUACAAGCCGCCCAUGCUCAAGGGGUCCACGGCGCUGGUGCUCGCCGCCGGCGGCAUCCACAACGGGCGCGGCCUCGCCAGCUCGCUCAUGCAGGGCGCGACGGGCGUCUGGGUCGGCACGCGCUUCGUCGCCUCGGUCGAGGCCAGCAGCAGCGACGAGCACAAGCAGGCCAUUGUCGAGUGCGGCCACGGCGAGACGGAGCGCACCCUCGUCAUCAGCGGCCGGCCCAUCCGCGUCCGCCCCAACGACUACAUCCGCCGCUGGCACGCCCAGCCCGAGCGCAUCAAGGAGCUGUGCGACAAGGGCGUCGUCCCCAUCGAGCACGACCUCGAGAGCGAAGUCGACGACAUUGACCUGCCCCACCUCAUGGGCCAGGUCGCCGGCUCCAUCACAAAGGUGCAGCCCGCGGGCGAGAUUGUGGACGAGAUGGUCGCCGAGGCCGUGGACACGCUCAAGACGGGCUACACGUACCUGACAGACAAGAGCAAGCUGUGA